AUGGAGGAUGAUUGGGAGGAAGAGAAGUUGGUACCUAUUGAACUUAAGUUACAAGAGCCGCCUAAACUUAAAUGGGAAGAUGAAGAUGUGGAUGAAGAUGAUGUAAAGGAUUCUUGGGAGGACGACGAUGAGCCCGCCCCUGCACCUGCAGCACCUGCAGUAAAAACAACCGAAAAGGCUCCUAAAAAAUCUUCUGAAAAAGCUGCUGAUAAGAAGGGAAAGAAAGUAGAACCAGUAAAGGAAGAACCACUGGAUCCUCUAGCUGAAAAACUACGCCAACAAAGACUGGUUGAAGAAGCAGAUUAUAAGUCAACUAAGGAAUUGUUUGGUGGAGCUAAUGAUGAAAAGAACAUUGAUACUUUUAUACCGAAAUCUGAGAGUGAUUUCUUGGAGUACGCAGAACUCAUCUCACACAGGCUUCGUGCUUUCGAGAAAAGUUAUCACUAUAUGAAUCUACUGAAGUCAGUAAUGAGAAUAUCAAUGACUUCUCUAAAAGGAGCAGAUGCCAAAGAUAUUGCAUCUUCCGUAACUGCCAUUGCAAAUGAGAAGAUUAAAGCAGAGAAGGAAUUCAAUGCUGGAAAAAAGAAGACAGGUGGCAAGAAAAAGCAGCUUAAUGUUGACAAGCCAGAUGAAGAUUUUGUUGCCGCUGAUCGAUACGAUGCUUUGGAUGAUUUUGAUUUCAUGUGA